CACUCACGCGCAGGCUGAGCUUCGCGCGGCGGGAGCGGCGGCGGGCGGCGGCGGCGGCGGCGAUGGGACCCCAGCGAGAGAUCUGCAGCUAGGCCGGCUGCACUUGCUCCACGGGUCAGGGAUCGCAGGGCCAGGAUUGAAGAAUGCACUGCUAAAAAAAAAAAAGUUCAAAGAGAAAACAACAGGCAGAGGGAGAAGAGGACUUCAAAGUGUGACCUUUAGCAAGGUGAUUUUCCUAUGCCUCAGUUUCCUCAGUGACAAAGCAGUUAGUAAUACGACUCGCAACUCCCCACGUCUUGAAGUCUCCCAUGUAGAGUCCAUCCACAGGGGAACAUGGUGGAAUGUAUGAGAGGACAGUCCAAGACAAAUUCCAUCUGUAGCAAGUGAGAGUGCCUGCUUCCUGCUCUAACAAGUAAGCCUGAAAACGCCUUGAUUCCAAGCUAUUAAAGAUUCCGUGUCCAGCUGGGAAGAAUGACUUCUUGCAGCGGCAGCGGCUGUGGCUCCACACAGGUGCAGGCUGCUCCCGAGGGCGGCCACCAGCGCUACGGAGUCCGGUCCUACCUGCACCAGUUUUACGAAGACUGCACCGCCUCCAUCUGGGAGUACGAGGAUGACUUCCAGAUCCAGAGGUCACCCAGCCCGUGGAGCUCUGUAUUCUGGAAGGUCGGACUCAUCUCGGGCACAGUCUUCGUGAUUCUCGGACUGACUGUCCUGGCAGUGGGCUUUCUUGUGCCCCCCAAGAUCGAGGCGUUUGGCGAAGCCGACUUUGUGGUGGUCGACCGGCACGCCGUGCAGUUCAACGGCGCCCUCGACCUGUGCAAGCUGGCAGGGGCCGUGCUCUUCUGCAUCGGGGGCACGUCCAUGGCAGGGUGCCUGCUCAUGUCGGUGUUCGCGAAAAGCUACUCCAAAGAAGAAAAAUUGCUUCAGCAAAAGUUUAAAGAGCGAAUUGCCGACCUCAAGGCCCACACCCAACCCGUCACCAAGGCACCGGGCCCAGGGGAAACCAAGAUUCCAGUCACUUUGUCCAGGGUUCAAAAUGUCCAGCCUCUCUCCGCAACCUGACACCCUCCCCGCCCUUCCCCCUCUCUGAUUCGCACACAUGGUUCAGAGGCGUUGGCCAGCUUCCCGGGUGAAGGAUGGGCGCUGACAACCAGGGCGUGUUAGGCUGGGGGCAGCUGGCCUAGUGCAGAGCUCACACUUGCUCAGCUCAGGUGACGCUCGCGAAGGUAGCAGCCACGUGUUAGCCAAUGCAUACGCACCCAGCUGCAUAGGACGGGUGCUCUGAGUCCCCACCGGGAGCCCCUCCGCAGUUCCUCUCCGAUAUUGUGGCUUUGUGUUCCUUUCCGCGUCAUUUGACCAGCCGCCCAUGAGUGACUUGGUCCAUUUUACUUUCCGACACUGGUUUUCCAACGCUGCGUGGUGCUGUCUUCCACCCUGUGCCACUGUGUGCAAGAGGUUGUCCUGUGUGCUCGUAGAAAUGCGGAGUUUCCAGACUUGGAUCCAAACACUAGUCUUUUAACUAUAUCUCAACAUGAAAUUCCUGAGAUCGGUUAUAAAUUCAUUAGUGUUCUGCAUAAAUCUUUUUGUUUUCUCCACUUUUUUUUUCAUUUCAAAAGCUAAAAUUGCCAACUUUAGAAUCUUGGUGAAAAAAUUUAAUAUGAGGAGUAUCUAAAAGCAAUGUUCAAAGGCACAGAAUUAGAGGCCAGGAAACCUGAGUUCCUGCUCCUCCCUCGCUGUGCGACUGUGCAGAAAGUAAUUAGCUCCCUCAGCCUCAGUCUCCCCGUCUGCACAGUGGGCUCUAUGGGCCUCCCCUGCUCAAAUGUCUUUUGAGAUUCUCUUUUUGCCAUGUGUCAUUGAGUGUCUCCCCCAAGAAUGUUAAUGUGGUUCUGUGGCUCUCACCAUGGUGGGACUUUUUCAGAACUGAACUCCUAGAAGGCCACCGAGUCUGCCAGCUUCUCACUACCUACCUUAAAUAUCCACCCCAGCAACUUAUAGCACGCUGUCAUAUUUUUAUAAAGAUAAAAGUAAGCCAUCCUCAAAUAAGAAGCCCCUGGGCGGAUAGUAACCUUAAAGGGGGGUUUUGUUCUCAAAUAAGAUGUGUUGUUCCCCAGCAAGAUGUCCUCUUUAUCCCUUGCACUUAAUCUGUGGAUUUGAAUUAGAUGGAGGAAAACAGAGGUGUGACCUUGGUACUCUCUCAGACUCUGGGCCGCUCCCCUCCCCCUUCACUGGAUAAAUAAAAUACGUGAACUAGACAAACCCGAA